AGUCUCACACACACGUCAUUUUCGAGCGACGCGCUUUCGCAGGGGGUAAAUAAUGGUCGGAUCGCUGGAAGAAAAGCUCUGUAUUUAUAAAUUUGUCCCGUUUUAAUAAUGGGAAAUAGGAAAUAUAUUUUCCUCGCUUUCUGUAGUGGACUGUAUGCUUAAUAAAGCGCGAUUCGUGAUUAAGCCCUUGUACGCUUCUUACUAUAGCAGUCAAGGAUAUCACUACUGAGUAUAUAGGCAGAUAUUCUAAGCAUUUGUUUGGUAUUAUGAAUAAGAUUAAAUUCCAGUGCAUAUCGUUAUGCCAUUGUUUCUUUUAUUUGUUGUAUAAUUCAACAGUGUGAGCAGGCUCAUGUAGUAUCAAUAGCUUGCUUUACGAUGUAUUCAGAGUGGACAACGCAUGCAUCAAUGCAAUAAAGGCACGUGAUGGAUAAUGAAGAGGAUCUGGAGUCUCUUGGGGAGAAACUGUACACCCUCAUUUAUCCUAAACACGCUGAUAUGGCUUCAAAGCUAACAGGUAUAGGUACUGAUGAAUGCUGCUGGAGCUGCCUGGAGCUGUGAUUGGGCAGAUGCUGCAGGAUGAAGAGCUCCUUACCAAAGCGCUGGAGAGGGCACUGGCAGCCCUGCACUCUGAUAAUACCAGUAAACCGCAGUCGCACGCUGAUGAUGUCGACUCCAUGUCCUCCGACUCACUGGGUGAACAGCUGUAUGAGCUCAUCAACCUUUACAACACCGGAUACACCCAGAAAAUUACAGGGAUGUUGUUAGAGCAGGAAAAAAAAGUGGUGCUUCAGCUGUUGUCUGAUCCGGUCCUGCUGGAGGAGAAAGUCAACAUGGCCCUGAAAACAUUACAGGACUCUAGUUGUAGGCCGAGUCAAGAGGAGGCUUGUGCUUCUGACGGCUCCGACCAAGACGAAGUGGAAGUGAUUGGAGAGAAACUAUUUGCACUUGUACGAGACAUAGAACCAGCCCACUGUGCUGAUAUCACCGGAAUGCUGUUAGAGAUGGACCUCGGCACACUGCGCCAGAUCCUGUCUGAUCGGAACAUGCUGGAAGUCGCGGUGCUGCGAGCGAAGAGCGCUCGGGAGAAUGCACAGAGUCAACCUCAACCAGACACGAACUAAAGACAUUAUAAUAUCUUAUUACCUCUAAAUACUGAAUCAGAAAAAAAAAAAUCAAUGUCAAGAGUGGGGACACCUGAAAAGACACGCUUGGUCCAUUCUUAUUCUUGUCCUGCAUAUUAGCAAACAUGGAGGUUAUAUAAAUCUACGAUCUUCUGAGAGAUCGCGGUCAAGAUUAUCACGUUUAGAUACAUUCCGUUCUGUAGGCGCACCCAGCGUGCCCAGACGUAGAUGGACGAUCCCAUGUUACUUGAACUGAAAGUGAGAAACAUUUUCAGUAAAGCUCAUCAUGUUAACUCAAAAGGCAUAAAGGGUGUAGGGUUUCGUCCUCAAACCUUACUGCAGACAAAAUCUUGAAUGUAAUAAAAUGCAAAAGAAGCACACUUACAGUCAGGGUGAGCAGAAAAGCAUGUCAGAAUGAAUAAGGCAGAUGGGCUACAGCAGCAGAAGACCACACAAACUGGCCUGGACCCCUAGUAUUUCCACUGCCCGAGUUUUGGAGCGCAUGUGCCCACUGAUCCCUUACUGAUGUUUGAUUUGAAUGUUCUCUGAUGCUCUUGACCUGCAUCUGCAUGAUUUUUAUGCACUGUGAUCCGAGAAUGAAUGCAUGAAUGAGAAGGGGUUCCUAUUAAAGUGGCCGGUGAGUGGAUAUCACAUCUAUGAUAUCAUAAACCAUGUUUUUGUGGAAACAUAUUUUGUAUACAAGCUUUUAGAAUGAAAGCUCUGUGAUUAUUCUGUUGCAGUAGAGCUCUAAAGUUCAAAUAAACCAUCCACACACAUCCCGAUGUGCUAAAGAGCUCAAAAAUAUGUUUAUUUUCAUCACUUUUUUUUUCUUUUGAGUAAUUUUACAGUGAAUUUGAAACACAAUGGAAAAGUCCAGGCUUUCUUCACCGGGGUUGUGAAUCCUUUGGAAUUAGAAAAAAACAAUCCCUCGCAGUGGCCACUGGAACGAGACUAGCGACGAAGAUUGGCUUUAUGAGGAAAGGAUUAAGAAAGAAUCAGCAAUGGAAAAAAAAAAAACACAACUGAGUAAUCUAAGCAGUCAAAUAUGGCGAAAUUCAAAUGAAUCACAAAUCUAUAUAAACUUUUGCAAAUCAAAAGUUGAAUCAGGAGCGCGGGGACAGACUAACAGCUCAUAAAUAUUCAUUCGGAUAUACAGAUGUGGGAUUUGUGUUGAUUAAAAAAAAAAGAAAA